CACUCGUGACAUGGAAAGGAUUCGCAGCCGGAUACAGUUCAAAUCAACUGUAUCUGAGCCUGUGAAACUCAGGAAACGAAAAUCAAAACUUUACAACAAAGGUGACAUCUCUCAAGUGAGCGGUUUCCUUGGAGUCAAUGUCGCCAUCUUCACUGUGGCAUUUCGCCUUGUCAACUGCUUCUUGGUACAAACCAGCUUUGUACCUGAUGAAUACUGGCAGUCCCUUGAGAUUUCUCAUCACAUGGUGUUCAAUUAUGGCUACGAAACCUGGGAAUGGAAAGAGGGUAUAAGAGGUUAUUUCUACCCCUUCAUUUUUGCAGUAUUGUAUAAGAUAUUGCAUCUACUGAACUAUGACACAGUUCAACUCCUGGUGUUUUUGCCACGAGUUGUACAUGCUCUUCUCGCUGCAUUUGUUGAUGUGAAGCUAUAUUCACUCAUUCUAACACUGGAGAAUCCGGAUGUUGCGAAAUGGACGUAUCUUUGCCAGCUUUGCUCAUGGUUCACUUGGUACUGCUGCACGCGGACACUGACCAACACCAUGGAGACGAUGCUCACUGCGCUCGCUCUUUGCUACUAUCCCCUCCCAGGGUCCAGAAAAAACAACAGCCUGAAAUACUUAGCGUUGGUUGCCUUGGCCGUCAUUGUACGCCCGACAGCACUGAUUGUAUGGUUUCCACUUCUGCUCUACCAUUUUUGGCAGGAGAAUAACAAGCUAAAACUCAUAGUUUACCAAGGGUUUCCUAUUGCAUUGCUUAUGCUUGGGAUAUCUACCUUGAUUGACUGCAUGUUCUAUGGAAAGUUCAUCCUCGUCCAGUUUAACUUUCUAAAGUUUAAUGUCUUGCACAAUGUGGCUGAAUUUUACGGGUCUCACCCCUGGCACUGGUACUUCACUCAGGGCUGUGUGGCCGUGCUGGGACCACACCUGCCUUUCUUCCUCCAUGGUUGUACACUGGCUUCCAAAAGAUACAGAAUCCUGCUGAUAACUGUUUUGUGGACAGUAGUGGUUUACAGUUUGCUUCCCCACAAGGAAUUCAGAUUCAUCUACCCUUUGCUGCCCUUCUGUGUGAUAUUUUGUGGUAUGUCCCUGUCCAAGCUCAAAGCAUGGAGAAAAUCUGCAGCUGGUGCCUUACUGGUGCUGAAUCUUUUACCAGCCUUGUAUACGGGCUUAGUUCACCAGCGAGGCACUUUGGAUGUCAUGGGCAAACUCCAGAAUCUGUGUGAUGUCACUAACCCUCAAAGUUCAGCUGUGCCUGAAGUCUUCUUCCUCAUGCCCUGCCACUCAACACCCUUCUACAGUCACGUCCACUGUCCCGUAAAACUGCGUUUCCUGGAGUGUCCUCCUGAUCUGACCGGAGAUAAGAAUUACGUGGACGAGGCUGACAGGUUUUUUGCGGACCCUUCUCUUUGGCUGAAGACCACGUUUUCCAACCAGUCCACACUCCCGUCACACCUCGUGUUUUUUGACCCACUAGAAAAGGCUAUCUCUGCAUUCUUGGACACAAACAGAUUUGUGAAAAAAGACGAGAUCUUCCACACUCAUGUUCCCGAAGGUCGAGUUGGCCGGAGUAUAUUUAUCUAUGAAAGAGGACCUUAA